AUGUCCGACAACGAAGAAAACGGUACCGCCGUCGAAGGAUUUCACUCUGGAGAUGGUGGUCGACUCGGCGGCGAGAUCGAGGAUCACAAACACUCGAAUUCCCAGAGGGAAAUGGUUGACACUGAGAGAGAUUCUUCUAGAAGUAAAGAAGAAGAUAUUGUGAAGGGGCGAGAUAGGGACCAUGAUCGAAGGAGCGGAGAGAGAAGCAAGGAACGUAACAGGGAGGAGGAUAGGAGCAGAGAUAAUGGUGUUGUGGCGAAAGAAAGGGAUCGAGAGAGGCAUCACAGAAGUCGUCACAGGGAUCGCAGUGUGGAAAGAGGUGAAAGAAGAGAACGUGGAAGGGGUGAUGGUGAUGAUUACCGUCGAAGCCGUGACCGUGACUUUGACAGGCGCAGAGAUUAUGACGGCGGUAGAGGAGAUAGACGUCGCCGCAGGUCUCGUUCUCGUUCCAAGGGUAGAUCAGGGCGUAGAUCACGUUCUCCAUCUAAGAGCAAGCGGGUCAGUGGAUUCGACAUGGCUCCUCCAGCUUCUGGGAUGUUAAAUACUGCUGCUGCUGUUCCAGGCCAAGUUCCAGCUCCAAGCCCAACUCUUCCUGGGACUGGAAUGUUUCCCAACAUGUUUCCCGUACCACCUGGACAGCCAUUCGGUGGACUCCCUAUGAUGCCAUUUCAGGCAAUGACACAGCAGGCUACUAGACAUGCUCGGAGGGUCUACGUUGGUGGCCUUUCUCCCUUAGCAAAUGAACAGACUGUUGCAACAUUUUUCAGUCAGGUUAUGGCCGCUGUUGGCGGAAACACUGCUGGUCCAGGUGAUGCUGUUGUCAAUGUGUACAUCAAUUACGAGAAGAAGUUUGCAUUUGUGGAGAUGCGAACAGUUGAAGAAGCGAGUAAUGCUAUGUCGUUGGAUGGAAUUAUAUUUGAGGGAGCUCCAGUGAAGGUGAGGAGACCAAGUGACUACAACCCAUCACUAGCUGCAACACUUGGUCCAAGCCAUCCAAUUCCCAAUCUAAACUUGGCUGCUGUUGGGCUGACUCCAGGGGCUUCUGGUGCGCUUGAGGGUCCUGAGCGUAUUUUUGUUGGUGGACUUCCUUACUAUAUCCCUGAGGCACAAAUCAAAGAACUGUUGGAGUCUUUGGGAGCUCUGAAGGGUUUUGAUCUUGUGAAAGACAGAGAAACUGGAAACUCGAAAGGAUACGCUUUCUGCGCGUAUCAAGAUCCUGCUGUUACAGACAUUGCUUGCGCUGCCCUCAACGGAAUUAUAAUGGGAGACAAAACUCUUACAGUGAGACGAGCUAGCGUAGGAACAACUCUGCAGAAACCCGAACAGGAGAGUGUAUUGCUGCACGCACAGCAACAGGUUGCUUUACAGAGGAUUAUGCUGCAACAAGGAACAGCGGCCACCAAAGUCGUGUGCCUGACCCAAGUAGUUACCGAGGACGAGCUUAGAAGUGAUGAGGAUUACGAAGACAUCAUUGUAGACAUGAGAGAAGAAGGCGGAAAGUUUGGUGCGUUAACUAAAGUCGUGAUUCCUCGCCCCAGCCCCGACGGUGAGCCUGUUCAGGGCGUUGGCAAGGUGUUUCUUGAGUAUGCGGAAACAGAGAGCUCGACCAGGGCGAGGACCGGAAUGAAUGGUAGGAAAUUCGGAGGGAACGAAGUGGUGGCUGUGUUUUACCCUGAAGAUAAGUUUGAACAAGGCGAUUAUUCUCUCUAG